GGCAGCAGCAAUGCCAAUGGCGGCAGCCAAACCAGGAUGAAAAGGCAACUAGAUGGAUGUAGUAAUGGGAGCAAAAGGUCAACAGAAGCAGUUGAUACCACACAUCUGUAUGACAAGCCUCCAAAUUGGACAUCAAAUGCAUGCCUGGGAGUUGCAAAGGAAAGGCUGAUUAUGGAGAAUGUAAAUCCAGGCUAUUUCAGUACAGAUCCAUACUUCCCUAUUAAAGUGCUUAACUAUAGCCUCGUAGUUUACACGGCGACACUCACAGUGCUGCUACUAUACGUAUCAUUAUCAGUGACAAUUCCAUUCGCAUCUGGAGAGUAUUCUUUUCUUCAGUACCUUGCGUGGUACUUAUUCUUCUCCGUGUUGCUCAACUGGAUGCUAAUAUUGAAGAACAGCAGUGUCUUCACAAGUAAUCAAUUUGUCAAGACUUCUGAAGAAGGUGACAAGUACUGUGAUAUCUGCAAGCAUUGGAUUCCACCAAGAGGUCAUCAUUGUGUCCUCUGCAUGAAAUGCAUUUUAAGACGUGAUCACCAUUGCUACUUUACAGGAACAUGCAUAGGAUUUCGCAACCAGCGCUAUUUUGUGGUGUUUUGCUUUGACGUAUCAGUUAGUUGUGGCCUUGGAUGGUAUUUCCUUAUGUUGUACCUGGAUUCAAAUUUCAAAACAUUUUGGUCAGAAGACAACUAUCAUUAUCUUCUUCCCCUGACUUUUGUCGAGUGGUUAUUGAGAUGGGGUGGGAUACAGGCGUUUGAUCUCUUUCUAUUGACUCUAGCCUGGUGGUCAUUUGCAACAUUUGUAACAGCUUUGGUGUAUUUCUCACAGCAAAUGUUUGUUAUAGUUAGAGGUCAGACCUCUUACGAAUACUCUCGAGAUGUGCAUACUUACAGAACCGUUUUGUGUAAACAUCUAAAAAGUGUUUUUGGACCUUUCUGGGUGAUUAACUUUGCAUUUCCUUUGUUCUUCAUUCAACAAGAAGGAAACGGCAUUAGCUAUGUUGCCAACUUAAAGGAAGUGUAGUACAACAACAUACUGCGUUAUCAGUUGAAAUUGACUGAUGUGAUUAGGCUUCAGGUAUUGCUCUGAAGGCAGGAUAUCCUAGUAGUCCAGAGAGUAAACGCACACGGCAUUGACUGCAAGAACACAUGCACCCUAUGUUGCCUAAUUAUCUGAUGUGUUACACACCGGAUCACGGCUAGCCUGCUCAAUAAGUUAGGAGCUGUCUGCAUAACGUUUAUGCGAGUGAAUCAAUGCCCCACUUAAAAAGCUUGCUUUCUCAUUUAAAAUUUUUUGCUAGGGUGACUUCGUGUUUUGCUAUCCUAAUUUAUUGGUCAUAAUUUUUUAUGAGCAACUGUUCGUGACAUUCGUGUUCGAAAUGCUUGGGAUGAUUGUACAUGAUAAUACUAGAGUUUUAUAUAUAAUGAUUAGUCAUAAAUUUGACCAUUUUACAUGAUUUUAGUAUGUAUUUAUUAAAUUUACAUAAAUUUUC